AUAGAUCUCAACCUAUUGUGCGAGAUCGCUGUGCUGGUGGACUAUAUCGGAUGCCAUGAAGCAGUGGAAAUGUUUGCGGCCUCUUGAAUAUCUGAUCUUAAACUAGAGCUACCAACAAGCUAUACGGAUGAUUUGAUCAGGUGGAUCUGGAUAUCUUGGAACUUUCGUGACAAUGAUGUCUUUCGAAAAAUGACACACAUUCUCCAGCGUGAGGUCACUGGGCCAAUUAGACGCCUGGACCUUCCAAUCCCACAGGACCUAGCAGAGGGAAUCGAGAGAGAAAGACAAGACUACAUUGAUCAAAUUGUGAAGUCGCUAUAUGGACGUAUUUAUGGAUUGGUAAAGGCAGGGCAAUGCUGCUCUGACUGUGAUAAGCUUAACAUCGGGGAACUUAUGAAAACACUGUCCAGUCUUGAAAUCUUUCCACGGAUCUAGCCACCCUUUGCUUGAAUCAGCUUUGAUUUCCUCGCAAACCGUAUAAGGGCAAUAGGGAAUGCACCAUGUCAUGCAUUGCUCCACGAUAAGAGGAUCUGCUUUGGAACUCGCUGCCGACUCAUCCCCAGAACCUUGGGAUUGUUGAAUGAACUGGAUAGGGAAAUCUCUGGUUGGAAUUUACCGGCUUGUGAAUAUUAACGUGCUUCGGGAUACUCUAGCUCUUGAGGCCCUGCCUGAGGCUCUAAGUCUGUUUUUUCAUGUUUUUUUACUUAACCAGAUACUGAUGCUUAGCAUCAAUGGACAGGCACGCAUCAUGUCCAUUGAUAUAGCCAGC